AUGUCUUCUCUUCUCUCUGCAGUGCCAUCAUCAUCACCACCUCCUCAACCUAGAAUUGAUCAGGAGAUCGAUCAGAUUGAGAAGAUGGAUUAUCAAUCUCAUCAAUCUGACAAUGUAGUUGUACAGAAGGAAGGAGAAGCAGUUGAAGCAGGAAUAGCAGUAGGAAUGGAUGAUAACUCUUCUGAUUACUUCAACUCCUUCCCACCUGGUUUUAGGUUUCGCCCUUUCGAUCAUGAGCUUAUCGAUCAUUACUUGAAGAAGAAAGUAAUGAAACAACCACUACCCAUGAACCAAAUCCGAGAGGUCCAACUCUACAACCAUAACCCUCAAGAUCUCGCUGAGAAGUACCCACCAAAUGGAGAGAAAGAAUGGUAUUUUUUUACUCCUAGAGAUAGGAAGUAUAGAAAUGGAAAUCGACCAAAACGAGCAGCUGGAAAUGGUUAUUGGAAAGCUACUGGAGCAGACACAGAAAUUUAUAGUAAAGGUCAACUUGUUGGCUUUAGGAAAGCAUUAGUUUUCUACAUAGGUAAGGCUCCCAAGGGUGAAAAGUCUAACUGGAUCAUGCAUGAGUUUCGGGUGAAAGAAAGUGCUACUAAUCGAACUAAUAGAGGACCAAAUGAUAUGAUGCUGGAUGAGUGGGUCUUAUGUAGGAUUUAUAGGAAGCCAGAUAAAUCAUUAAGAAGAGUUCAUAAUGCAGAAAUUCAAGCGGAGGAUGUAGAUAUAUUGAUUGAAAAUAAUGAUCUUUGUGAUGUAGAUGAUGAAGAUUCUGGACCUGCAAAUACUCCUAAUAAUUCCAAUUUAUCAGAAAUGGAAUGCAACUACAGUGACAUGAUGGGUAAUUACAUGGGAUUGAUAAACCCAUCUGGUGAAGGUGAAAAUGACUUCAAUCAUUCUCUUCAAUAUAACCUUCCUCUGCCGAAUUCGGAAUCCUAUCAUAUGUUUACUGGUUAUGGGGAUUUUAUUAGUUCAGUUGAACCAAUUUCUGUGAAUCCACCCAUGUAUUUAGUAGAGAAUUACUAUCAACUGAGUUCUCUUGCGACUGGGCAUGCUUACUGCGAUUAUUUGGAUUUCAAACAAGAGAAUUCCUACAUGUUACCCCAAAAUGACUUCUCCAACAAGGACUAUUUGGAUCACUUCAGCAGCUUUCCUUAUAUUGAUGAGAUUUUGCCAAAUACCAAUGAGAUGGGUGACCAUUAUUAA